AUGGCUCCAGAGUGUGCUCAAUUGACCAACGGCUCAUGUGUCCGCUACAGAUGCCAAGAGUACGGUGCAUUCUGCGAGUACAGGCACCCUCGACCCCGCGUUGCAGCACCUAAAGUUAGCCCGCCUCAAGAUCGUCGCCGGGACCUCGUUCCUAUCCAACCUCGACCUCCGUUGCAGCGUAUGACUAGUUCCCUAGAUCCUUUCAAAUGCGAUGAGGUGGAAGGUCGGUAUUUUCGACUAUUUCAAGAGGAACUUGCAUUCGAUCUGAGCGGUUAUUUUGAGACUCCCUUUUGGACACGAAUCAUACCGCAACAAUGCCAUCACGAACCAGCCAUAAAACACGCAAUUUUCGCUUUGAGUGCUCUAUAUAAAUCUGCAAUGUCGUCCAAGACUAAUACGGCUAAUUUGGAUGAUGAGCAUUUUAAAUUUGCUUUGGUACAGCAGAGCCAAGCCAUCAACUCACUUCGCCGAGACCUGUCUAGUGGACGACCUCAGAUGAGGCUUGCUCUGGUGGCGAGCUUGCUCUUUUCAUGCUUUGAGAGUUUCCAUGGGGAUUGGGAGACAGCAUCACAGCAGAUAUAUAGCGGGCUUAACAUCCUGAAGCAUCUAAGCGAAGAUGAGAGACGGCAUGCAACCAAUGGCCUCGCUGAUAUGGAUUUCGAAGUGGGUCUGACCUUGCGCCGUCUCAAGUUGCAGAUAUUAUCAUUUCUGGCCAUGAACCCAAUGUGUGAGCAUCCCUUUAAUGACCUAAAUGUCGAAGAAGUUAUGCCGGAUAUACCAGAUCAGUUUACUACUUUCAAUGAAGCUUUCGCGGCAGCAACUAACUUGGCUGUGUCUGUUCUUCGACAUUCGAGGAGAUCUGCUCGAUGCGGAAAUGAAUUAGGUCCACGGGAAUUGAUUGCACAACAGUACCUCCAGGGAUUAGUGGAUCAAUGGAACAAGGCGUACGAACCGAUAUUCCUAAAAAUAUGCCAGAGUAUUGUCAACCAAGCGUAUCUUGGAGCCCUUCAACUUCGGAUCUGCGUUUGGAAAUGCGAAAUAAUGAUUGCUGCAAGCUUGUCUAACACGGAAGUUGUAUAUGAUAGUUUCAUAACUCAAUUUCAGAGGAUUACUCAUUUUGCACGGCAUGUACUUCAGACGGACCAGGCAAUUCGACAAUCAGAUGGUCCCAGACUACAAUACGGUAUGGGAUUGAUAAUGGCUCUAUUCUAUACGGCUACUAGAUGCCGGGACUUCUCCGUGCGCAGGGAGGCCAUUGCUAUACUCCGGAAAUGGCCUUGCACGAAUGGGAUCUGGCACAGUCUGCAGGCAGCAAAAGUUGCGGAGUGGAUCGCGGACAUAGAGGAAGAGUGCUGUGUUGGCAUGAGAUUUAUUCCGGGGGACUGUCGUGUAAAAAUGCAGAGUUUGAAAGUGUCCUUCCAAAAGGGUGUGAUUACUGUGGAAUGUAUGCAAUAUUCUGUUAACGGCUUCAACAUGGCGUCCAGAAGCAUCAAUGUCCAUCCUACUGGCUACCACCCCGCCUCCCUCACUCAAACAGCCUUCGACAUCAUCAUAAUUGGCGGCGGUCCCGUUACCAGUUUUGCCGAAAAUCGUCUCGCCAAAGCUGGUCUAAGCGUUGCUGUAAUCGAACACGAGCUCUACGGCGGUGAGUGCCACUUCUUUGGAUGCAUUCCGUCCAAAGCACUUCUUCGUCCUGUCGAAGCUUUCGAAGCGGCGAAAGCGAUUGACGGAGCUCGAGAGGCGAUCGGCACCAACAAGCUCGACGUUGCUGCUGUAUUUGAAAGAAGAGACAGGUUCGUGGAUUUGUGGGAUGACAAAACGUGGAUUUCCAUUUCAAAUGGAGCGAGUGGCGCGACGCUUGUUCGAGGUUUUGGACGUAUUGCUGGCAUGAAAAAGGUCAGCGUUCAACCACACGGUGAGACGCAGAAGUAUCAUCUUGAUGCGAAUAUUGCGAUCAUUAUUGCGACAGGGUCCACGCACAACGUGCCUGCGAUUCUGGGCAUCGAGAGUCUCGACGAAGGAACGGAACUUUGGUCCAAUCGUGACGCGGUCGCGGCAAAUGUAGCUCCUGAGCAUUUGAUCAUUCUCGGUGCUGGGCCUGUGGGGUCUGAAAUGGCAACUUUCUAUUCUGCCAUUGGCUCCAAGGUAACACUGAUUUCGUCCACUGCGGAAAUCCUGCCUAUGGUUGAGGGAGCGGCUGCGAAGAUUGUGCGGAAGAGCUUGGAGGCAAAUGGUGUCUCCAUAAAGCUCUCCUCACGUGUGUCCAAGAUUGAGAAACAUGCUGCAAAUUCAUUGACUGUUGUAUUAUCUAGCGGAGAAAUGAUCUCGGGUUCUGUGCUCCUGAACGCAACAGGUCGAAGUCCAAGGACAUUCGAUUUGGGCCUUGAUAGUAUUGGUCUGACUGGCGAAGGCCAGCCGUUGAAAACGGACGCAAGGCUCGCUGUUCCUACGGCUCAAGGUACUGAGCCUUGGCUAUUUGCCAUUGGAGACGUGAAUGAUCUUGCCCCUACCACUCACAUGGGCGUUUAUCAGGCACGUAUUGCCUGCAAUGUCAUUUUAUCCUCCAUUAGAAAUAAGCAACCAUCUGUAAAGAUCGACACUCCUAUCGGAGUUACCGUCACAGAAGCCAAGGGGGGUCAAAGCACAUUUGCCCAAGUCAUUUUCACAGAACCCAACAUCGGUACCGUUGGUCACACCUUUGCUUCAGCUCAGUCCGCAGGCCUGAAAGUCAGGGCUGUUGACAGUGAUUUCUCUAUCGCGGGAGCAUGGUUGUAUGGAGAUGGACAACCUGGAUGGGCUAGAUGGGUUAUUGAAGAGGGUACUGAUAAGCUGGUUGGUGCAACGUUUUGUUGUGUUGAGGGAUCAGAAUUUGUAAAUGCGAGUCAGGUCGCUAUUCUGCAAGGCUUGACCUUAAAGGAGAUGGUACAUGUAGUACCCCCAUUUCCAACUCGGGGUGAAAUCUGGACCCAUUUGUUGAAUGCUGCAGGGUUCUAG